ACAGGCAACCUUGCUCACACUUGGACCUGGAAAUCAGGUUGGAAAUCACCUAAAGGGACAAGAAUAGAGAGUGUUAACAUUGACAAAGUGUCCUGAGGUGAGUCAACUGGGUUAAAGGACUUAGACACCCCCCCAACAAAACAGCAGCUGAAGGACUGAACUAGCACCCGCUUUUCACAUAAAAAAGUAUAUAUAUUACAGGUGGAGCAGUGGUGACAGUUUCAACACAACCAUGGACCAGGAGGAUGACAAAAAUUCUGUGGACAUCCAUGACAACCCUCCAGCCCCUGAAAAUGUGGUGAGGGAGGACGGAGAUACGGUCUACUUCAUAUAUGAAGAGGAAGUGGAGGUGGAGGAGAAGGAACCAGAACCUCCUCCACCUGUGGUCCGUGUCAAUGACAAACCUCACAAGUUCAAGGACCACUACUGCAAGAAACCCAAGUUCUGUGACGUCUGCGCUCGCAUGAUCGUCUUGAACAACAAGUUUGCUCUGAGGUGUAAAAACUGCAAGACCAACAUUCACCACUCAUGUCAGUCCUAUGUUGAGUUCCAGAAAUGUUUUGGCAAAAUACCCCCUGGAUUCAGACGGGCCUACAGCUCUCCUCUGUACGGCAGCGACCAACCAGAUCCAAACAAUCCCAACCGGAACGACCCCGUCUUUGACACACUGAGGGUGGGCGUCAUCAUGGCCAAUAAGGAACGCAAAAAGAAUGAAAAUGACAAGAAAAAUAUGCUGAUGAUGAUGGAGGAGGAGGAAGAUGAGAAUCAACAGCCCAAAGAGAAUGAGGAUGGAGGAGAAGGGAAGCCUGAAGAAAAGAAGGAGAAAGGAGGAGAAAAAGCAGAUGAAAAAACCAAGGGAACCUUCUCCCAGUCGCACUACUACCUGGCUCUCUACCGCUUCAAAGCCAUAGAAAAGGAUGAUCUUGACUUUCACCCUGGUGAUCGAAUCACAGUGCUGGAUGACUCCAAUGAAGAGUGGUGGAGGGGCAAGAUGGGGGAGAAGAGCGGCUAUUUCCCCACCAACUACCUCAUAAAAGUGCGCGCCUCUGAGAGGGUUUACAAGGUGACGCGCUCUUUUGUCGGGAACAGAGAGAUGGGACAAAUCACACUGAAGAAAGAUCAGAUUGUGGUGAAGAAAGGAGAUGAGAAAGGUGGCUACUUGAAGGUCAGCACUGGACGCAAGCUGGGGUACUUCCCCUUUAAUCUGCUGCAGGAGAUCACUGUGACAUAAAAAUAACAAACACUUCAAGAGUAUAGAUAAAAAGAUAUCAUACUGUCUGACUUGAUGCGCUAAAUUAUUGCUGUUAUCAUUUGUACAACUCUACCAAACUAUUAUUUCACUUCUGUGACCAUUACCCAUGCCUUUACGCCUUUUAAAUACGUUUUUAAAGAAAACUUUAAAUUGGCAGAACAUGUAUUCCAUAACGUUUGUUGUCACUAAUGGUGUUUGUGAUUAGCCAAAUGCAGGGUCAG